AUGAUAACAAAUUAUUAUAAACAGUCCAGACAAUAAUCCUAUUUUUCAUCCAAAAAAACAACUUGUGAAUUUCAUUGUAACUAAAAAUACUAAUCAAAAUCCACCACUCCAAGCAAAUCAAGGAUUCAAUAAAAAUAAUCUAAUAAAAACCUAAAAUUGAAAUUCAGAAUCCCAAAAGGAGAGCAAAAAUAUUAUUAAGAGUGCUUUCCUGAAGAAUAUACAAUAUUCUCUAUAAAUAAUGAAAUAUAUUUUGAAAAGGAUAUAAUUAAAUGCAAGUAAAAGGAUUCACAACUUAAUACAACUUUAGAAGGCUCAUCAGAUGAGGAUCCAACUCAGCUUUAAGAUUUUACUCUAUAAGCAUCAUUGAAUCCUAUACAUUAUACUUAGCAUUAGCAUAGCUCUAGAUUUGUUUAUUCGAAUAGAGAGAGAAUAUUCGAAGAGAGAAGAACUUCAUUAAGUAUUUUAAUAAUUAAUUAGUUAGGUCCAAUGUAAAGAAGUUUAUACUUUAGAAACAACAGUUAGUUACAAAGUAGUAAAAGGAAAAUAUUUGAUUGA